UGCCCCUGAGCCCAGUCUCUUGGAUCAAGGACCCUGUUUUGCGGGGCAGGGUGUGUGGGGGUAAACAUGAGCAGAUACCUUCCAGUAGCCCGGCAACAUUUCCUGGCUGUACUGGCCAGCACCAGUGUAGUAGUGAAGUCUAUAUGUGCCGUUGUGAUUUUGCUCUACCUUCUCUCCUUUGCUGCGGACACAGCUUUUGGACUCGGGGUGACGCCUGGGUAUCUCUUCCCCCCCAACUUCUGGAUAUGGACGUUGGCAACCCACAGUGUGGUGGAAAAACAUAUCUGGGAUGUAGGCGUGAGUCUGGCGACAGUGGUGAUAGCAGGAAGGUUGCUUGAGCCGCUGUGGGGAGCCCUGGAGCUUUUGAUCUUCUUUGCUGUGGUGAAUGUGUCGGUUGGGCUCCUGGGGGCCUUUGCUUAUCUUCUCACCUAUGUGGCAUCCUUCAAUCUCUCCUACCUAUUUACUGUUCGAAUCUAUGGCAUGCUGGGCUUCCUUGGUGGUGUCUUGGUGGCCCUGAAGCAGACCAUGGGUGACAGUACUGUCUUGAAGGUACCUCAGGUGCGAAUGAAGGUUGUCCCCAUGCUCUUGCUCCUGAUUCUGGCAGUUCUGAGGCUGACCACCCUCAUUAAAAGCAACGUCUUGGCUUCUUAUGGUUUUGGAGUGCUUUCCAGUUGGAUAUAUCUCCGUUUUUACCAGAGGCACAGCAGAGGACGAGGUGACAUGUCAGACCACUUUGCAUUUGCCACAUUCUUCCCCGAGAUCCUGCAACCUGUCGUUGGCUUGGUGGCUAACCUUGUGCACAGCAUCUUGGUGAAAGUGAAAGUCUGUCGAAAAACAGUGAAACGUUAUGACGUUGGUGCCCCUUCAUCCAUUACUAUCAGCUUGCCUGGAACAGAUCCGCAGGACGCUGAACGGAGAAGACAACUGGCCCUAAAGGCACUGAAUGAGCGGCUAAAGCGUGUGGAAGACCAGUCAGCAUGGCCCAGCAUGGAGGAUGAGGAUGAAGACAGCAGUAAGGUUGAUAUUCCGCUGCUCCCUGAGAAGAACUGGGACUCUGCCACUGCAGGAAAAGCAGCCAGUCAGGAAUCCAGCCUCAUUACCUUUGAGGAUGCCCCCGCUCAGUUGUGACCAUGAAGUUCCAACCACCCUCUUCUUCUUAUCCCUGUGUGUCAGAGCUGCUAAUGAUCCUUCAUGUGCCCUCCUUCACAGUACUGCCUGCUCUGCAGGGAGCAAAACACUAUGCCUGCUGGCCCUGAGAGGGUAGGGCUGCCUCCUUCCAGCAUAUAUUAGCCACACGGUGGCUGACCCAGGUCUCUGGACUCCUGUUGGAAAUUAUUAACUGUUGCACAGACCUGAGAUUUUGGCUCUUCUCUUCAGAAGGGAUCCUGAAGUUGAGAAUUUCUUUGAAUUGGAGUGGAGGGAGUC